AACGACCAAUGAUCGCCGAUCGUUCGAAGUCCUACGUGACGACCUUAGAUGCGUCCUGUGCGCAGUGGCAAGAUAGCAAGAUAAGCCUCUUGCCAUCGUAGAACCCCCAUCAUGGGGUUUUGGCUCGCUCGCUAAAUAAGUGCGAGGCCAGGUUACCUGCGAGGUACCGCAUGCACACGUUGGCAAUCCGUGUAGCAAGCGAUCCUUGGAUCUUAUAUAAACAUGGACAGCGAGUACACGUUGCCACAGGGGAAAGGUAGAUCAAACAGUUUUUGAAGCGUGACAUUUAUUAUGAAAGGAAUGGUUCUGCUUCUUGCUUUAGGGCACAAUGAAACGAAUCGUUAAGUGGGCGUGGCAUAAACCAGUUUUGAUGCGCCAAUGUGAUUGUUGUUCUUCACAGAGUUUAGUGUCUCGCGCGUUUUAAACGCCUCCACUUGAGUGCGGACGCAUUUUGCCGCAGAUUUUGGAUCAUCGUAGCUUCCACCGACAGCUUGUGGCAUGGCAUGCGUGAAGCACAUGAAUUGGAUUUCCUCCGUAUUUAUAUUUUUUGGCUCAGGAGUUCGUCUUCUGCUCUUGAUUUGUCUGUGUGGCGAAAUGCAGGCUGUGGUACAUGAUAACCCAGUGGUGACAAAAGCGUUUUUACAAGCAAUCGCACCAUUAAGUCUUCAAAAACUUCUACAGGGUGUACAGUCUGGUCACAAUAAUACCUGUUUCGACUUAACAGCCGAUGUGGAUAACACCACCACUUGCUUAAAAAUACAGUGUCUUGGUGUGGAUGAUGUGGCUCGGCUGUACAACAUCUCAUCCACUGCAGAGCUGGACUCUGCUGACUUGCCUAUUCUUGCCCCAGCUGUGGUUUACACACUGACUCAACCAGACAGCUGUAUUUCCCACCAAAAUUUAAGUGAUGCAGCUUCCAGUCGACCCAGCACUGCAGCAGUGUGGGGCUUCAGCUUUCUGUUUGUCACUCUUAUCAACCUGUGCUCUCUCACUGGCAUUGUGGUGCUGCCGUGUAUAAAGAUGAACAUGUACAAAGUGAUCCUUAUGUUCAUGGUGUCACUUGCGGUUGGUACACUAGCUGGAAGCUCCAUUCUUGUCCUCAUUCCUGAGGCUUUGGAUCUAAUGCAUAAGUCAGAGGCCAUAUCAAGGAGCUAUGUGUGGAAAAUGACUACAGUUAUGGGUGGAAUCUACCUCUUUUUUGUCCUGGAGCGAUUUAUGCGUAUGAUCAACAUGUGGCGAGAGGAUACAAAAGAAAAGAAACGAAAAGAUGAGAUGGCUACUCUGGGAACUUUAACAAGUUCCUUCACCCGUCACCAGUCACCAGGUACCACUUUAAAGCUGAAAGAUCCUUCAUCACUCUCAGUGAAUUCAAAUGUAGCAUGUUCAUGUACAUGGGAAGAGGAAGAAGAAAAUGAUCCAGAAAAUCCUGCCAAAAUCAGCAUAUUAAAUGGAAAGCCGGAAGCAGAGGAUGUGGAGCCGCACACUUUGGAUUGCAAAGACAAAAAGCAUACCAAUGGUCAUCAUGCCAGUCAUCAUCAUCAUCAUCAACAUGGAGACAUAGCUCCUGUGGCAUACAUGGUUAUAUUUGGGGAUGGUGUGCACAACUUCAUCGAUGGUUUAUCAAUUGGUGCUGCAUUUACAGAAAGCACACUAGCAGGCAUUAGUAUUUCUGUUGCUGUGAUGUGUGAAGAGUUACCUCAUGAACUUGGUGAUUUUGCCAUCCUGCUAAAUGCAGGCAUGCGACUGCGAAAGGCGUUGAUGUAUAACUUUCUAUCUGCAUGUAUGUGCUACUUUGGUGUCAUUGUUGGCGUUGCCUUGGGUCAGCACACAACAGCACAUACCUGGAUAUUUGGCCUGGCAGGUGGCAUGUUCCUCUAUAUUUCAUUAGUUGACAUGAUACCUGAAAUGAACAGUGCAGCUGAAUCAGAUGAGGGAAAGAGGUUUGGAGUUAAGAAAGUGAUGCUAGUUCAAAAUUGCGGACUGUUUCUGGGCUAUGGAAUCAUCCUAUGCUUGGCAGUCUAUGGCGAUGACAUCUCAUUUGGCUUAUAAAUUGUAUUUGAUGCUUUACAUCAACUGUGGUUAUAGCUGUAGUUGCCAUGAAUUUGCUGUGCUUUCAAAUGUCUGCAUUUUGGAGGCUGCAUAUUUAGCGGUCAAGAAGAAUUCAUCACUUUGUCCUGACCAUGCAUUUAAUGUGGCAACAAGUGUUCUGUUAGCCCACUAAAACAUUUUAAUGUGGUGAUUGCUGGAAGCUAGUUCAUUAUGCACCAGUUGAUGGUUUCAGAUAGCAUGCAUUGCUAUGACAGCAUGUGUUGUACUAGGAUGGUACCAUGGUAAUGCAUCAAGUAGAAUCCAAGAACAUGCUGGUUGGCAUGUCUUGCAGCAAUCUACAAUGGUUCAUCAAGCAAAUUUUGGUUUGCAUGAAUAGUGGGUAUCAAAAUCUCUUGUGGGUAUGUUAUUGGUAUGUACAGUACUUUUAUAGUCUUCCCGAGAUCUCAGAAUGUUUUUCUUUGAAAACUUUGUACUUUUGUUGUUAAGUUUUUGAAGAACUAUGUGUAUUAGAAUAACAUAUAUACCAUAAACAUGGGAUAACCUUUGCCUAAACCUCUUUCUCGUUAGGUGAGGUACCAAAGUCUUUUGCUUUGUCUUUUGCUUCUGUCUUAUGUUUGUGAUGUGAGAUGACUUUGAUGAUCCAAGGUUGGACCCAAAGUCAAAAACAUUAAAUCACUGCUAUGUUAGCAAUCUGUAUGCUACUAAAACAGACAAUAAUGGCUGGGAGGACAUGCACAUGUUGUUUAUCACACUAGAAUACCUUUUGUCUUGAUUAAUCCAGCUCCAUGUGCCAUGUUGAUAGAGUUUAUUGUUUCAUUUUUUAAGUGCAUGUUUUACAGGUUGUUGCUAUAAGAUUCUCAUGCUGUGGUUUUGUUUGAAAUCUUUAAUUUUCCUUCUUGUCAGAUUGGCCUAGGUUGUUUCAGUAAAGUAAAAGAUGUGAUCAUAAUGGGGUAUUUUCCAGUUGAGCUCAGAAAUGUUUGUAAAUAUAUGAUUUCCAUAUUAGAUGGAAGGUUUUGCAGCAACAUUAUGAAUAUGUAUGUGUAUAUAUAAAUUACACAACUCGCUACAUUUUGUUGAUGUAGUUUGUUGUUUAAAAAGAGGGCUGCUCAAGAAAUCACUCCAAAUGAGUGACCCUUGUCCGUGUUCUAUUGAACUGGCUGUACAAAAAAAUAGAAAGAAACACACACAAAAAGAUGAUUGAGUAGAGAAAGGUCGAGUGAGAGAGCAUUUGCGUAAUAGAGAGACCAUGCAUUGCAGCUACUACUGUGUAAAAGAUACUUGAACUCAGAUUUCCGAUCCGGGUGUUUGCUAACUGUUAAAAUAUGUUUCAAAAUUUCAAACAUAAAGUGUAAAUAAAGCUCAUAUACUGUAUUUGUAUUUCGUAAAAUGUUCCUCGAUAUGAGAGAAUUGUGUGUGUGUCUGUUCGUAAGUGAAUGGAUGAGGCAGCACAUGAGAAUGUCAGUACUCACAAAUGAGUAUGAAAGAUGGAAGAGAAUGAAAGAUUUGUGUGUAUGUGUAGGCAUGCAGGAAAGGUGGGUUGAAGAGGAGAGAACAUCAAAACGUAAAUAUUUUUUUUAAAAACCUGUAUAUCAUUUUCAGGGAAAACAUUUAUAAAAUUCCUUUUGUAAUAUAUUGGGUGUUUAUAUGCAAAUACUUAUAAUUUAGAAUUAUAUAUUAACUUUAUGUGCACUUAAGGAUAUGUUUUGUGCAUCUUAUGAUGUUACACUCUUUUAUUCUAUCUUUUGGCUAGUGUGUGCACUGUAUAUAGGUGAAUAAUUUUUUUGUUGGGGAUCAAAAGCAGUCUCUUAGAACUGUUUUUUCUGGUUUCUUAUUUUGUUUUAAUCAGUUCAAUGCUGUGGUGGGAAUAAUAUAUAUAUAAUAUGGAUAAAUAUUUUGCUGACUCUUUUUAAUUCUGAAUAAAUUAAUAGACAUGAUUAAUGUAUUCUAUAUUGCCAUCCACCCCUACCCCAUCUCUAGCAAUAUUCAAUCAUUAUCUUUGAGGUUAUAAUUAUCACUUAAAGGUGAGUUAGAGACAAAAGUUCCUAUAAUUUUCCUUUCAUGCAGGAGUGGUUUCACAAGAUUAUGCAGUGUCCUGUUGUAUUUUUCAAGCAUUAACUGUAAACAUCACCUGUAAGGAAACACAUUGUUUACCCAUUUCUAGAGUCACUUUUGUGAUAUAAUGUGAAUAGAAUUUAUUGUACCAAAGCGAAAUUUGUAAUUUGGGAGUUAGGGAAAUAUAUUUUACAAUGCAUCGUUUUUUGUUAACAAACAUUCCUUUUCAUCUUUUUUUAAGGAUUUUUGUCUGACAUGACCCUACAAUCAGGAACAAUGUCAUUGCGUUUGUAUUUGUGUGUGUGCAUGUGCACACAUGUAUAAUGGUGAGAAAGAAUGAGCAUGUGAUUGUAAGUGCCAGCGUGUACACCAGCACAUAAACAGUUGCAUAUGGGUACACAUCUACUAAUGUUUAUCACACAGAUCCAAAAAUUGUUUAAUAUCAGGUUACAUCAGGUUGCAUUUUUUUUUGGGGGGGUAUGCUGGAAGUGGUUAGCUUUUAGUUGUGAACAAGGUACAGGUGUAGCUACAAAAUCACGACUAUGAAAACAUGUUCUGUGUUGUGCAAAAUAAAAUAAUGGAAUUGCAGCAUUUAGUCUGAGAAGGCAUAUGAGGAGUAAUGUUUCAGUACAGUUUUACUGCAUAGGUUAAAAAUGUUCUUUGUGUCCGAUGCUUCAGAUGGGCUAUUUUUCUUUCUUUUCAAAAGUGAUUUUUUUUUUUUUGGUGGAUGGUAAUGUAUGCUACUUUUUUAUGUUUAUAAUUAUUUAAACUUUUCUCAUAAUUAUUUCUUCAUGAAAAUGUUUUGAAAAAGAGCUGAUGAAAAAUGUUUUCCAUGCAUCGUGAAUUAUCAGAAACUGCAUUCUCUUGCUUAAAGAGAGGUGGAUGAAAACACAUUCUGUCCUUUAUUUAGGUUUGGUUUGGCUGUUUGUAGCAAGCGGUAAAGGCCAAAGAAUGUAAGCGUAAUUUGCAUGUCUAAGAAAGUCCCACAGCUUGCACUUUUUAUAAUCCAACUGAUCAAGUAGUAAAAGUCAGAUGGUGUACAAAUUUUUAUUUUCCAAAAGCAGCUGAUUAUAAUGUAGAAGGAGGUCAUGCCCUGUCAUUGUCGUUGUGGGUUCAGUUAAGAACUGUUCAUUCUUUGUGCAAGUGAUGUCACUUUGAUGCAGUCACCUUGCUGCCUGUGUAAGGCAACGUCAGUCUUUUCUGCAUGUAAUCAGAGGUUUGUACCUGCCCUUCUGUAAUGUGAAGGGCCAAAGAAUAAGCUUAUCUUUAUGGGGGAGUUUAUAGCUGUUCAUAGGGAAUUUGGGCCAAAAGGGCUUCACAUCAUGCACUCUAUGAAUGCUUGAUUUAGAAGAGACUUGUUUUAUAACUCAGCAGUUGCAUAUAAUACUUCCUUACAAGUACAGGUACACGAAUGUCAAAUUCGCUGACAUCAAAGAAAACUGCUGUGUGCAAUUAUUUACCAGAGUAUUUUUUAUUUUUGUAAAUAGAAAAAGUCUAACAAGCACACAAGUGCAGUACCAAUGUCUAGUUCACAGAUCCAGGUCUAUUUUUAGGUAGUACUAAAUCUAAAUGUCUAAAUCUUGAAAUGUUCAGCGAAAGAGGAUUUUCCUUUCUGAUAUAAGUUACCAGAAAAAGCGUGAAGUCUGACUGUUAAUGUUAUGUUGGUUUCUUAGCAACACUUAAGUAGUAUUCUUUGUUAUGCAACAACAGUAUUCUGUCUCCUGCAAUAAGGAAGAGUGUAGGAUUUAAAAAUUCUGGGAUUUUCCUGUUUUGAUUGUGUGAUGAAGGACAAGGUGUAGUAACAGAUAAUAAACUGAAUCCAAGAAUUUUGAUUAUAACGUUCAACUUGGUUUGCUUUACUGUUAACCAAAAAAAAAAUUUGUGUUCAAUUUUGGGACACAUGCAGCGUGAUAAAGAUUUUUUUUUUUUUAAGUUGCCUUUACACAAACACGCGUGCACACACUAUGCUUUGCUGGUGAGUCAUCUUGACAAUAAAGUGUUUAUAAAAAAUUUUUUCCCCUCAUGCUGGGAUGAAGGUUUCAUUGGGUUUUGUUUUGUUGUUGUUUUUUUUUUGUUCUACAUUAUGCUCUUCGAGGAUAUGUGAUGUAAUGCUCAUGUACUAUUGGAAUUUAUCUUCUCAUUUGAUCUGAUCUAGUCAGAGAUGAUAAAUAUAAGUUGUUCAAACUUUCCAGUGAUUUUAGAAUUCAGUAAGGACAUAUUUAUGGUUUUGAGGUUUUAUUAUAUGGCUAGUACCUAUUUAUGUGCGAACUGUAUCAGCAAUCAACAAUAUUUAAUCUCUAGUAAGGGCUAAGUUUUAAUAUUUACAUAUCCAUUGAAAGGUCUGCAUAUGUUAUUUUUUAAGUGAAGGAUGAACCAGAUCUGCCAUUCUAGCAAAAGAUCCUCAUAUAUUAUCUUUUUGAAAAAAAAAGCUGUAUUUUUUAACAGGACAUAUUGUAAUGCUUGCAACCAGCAGUUUAUCUGACAAGAAAAAGCAAAAGAGCAGCAAUAUUCUUUUGUAGCCUCCUAUAAAACUGAUUUUGUUUCAAGAAGUAAAGUUGCUUAUGAAUCUUAAAAACUUCUUAGUGCCUUACAUUAUCUGCAAAUGAUGAAAUACAUCAGCAAUGUUAGUGUACUAUUUGCAUGUGCAUAAUUAUGUGCAUACAGGGAUUAAAGGCUACUCAAAUACAAA